CAGCUGCUCUAAAUGGGCGUGUUUUCUGUCUCUUCUGCCGAGUCCUGAGAGUUGAUCUUCAGGAAAGAAGGCAGUGUGCUGAAGGUGGACAGUAACUAUGGGACUGCAUGGAGCCUACAAAGCGUGAUAGGUGACAAAAGGAAAAAAAGUAUCCUUUUUGUCCUUUCCCCCCUCAGGCACAAGGUUAGAUUUGCUAGAAUUUGGCCACAGGGCUGCAUUUGCACACAUCUUUGUUGCAGAGAGUAAAGUGGAGAUGCAGGAUUACUGGGCCUUGGCCCUUUGGGGGCUGAAGAUCUGGCUCUACCUCAUUGUUGCCUUCAUCAUGGUGCCAGCCAUGUUCGGCUUCUCGCUGGGCAUCUCCGAGACCUACAUGACCAUCCUGGUCAAAACCUUGGAGUGGGCCACUCUGAAGAUACAGAAGGCCAAUGCAGAAGACCGUGCAGUCAAAGCCUCUGCAUCUAAUGGCCUUAUCCAGAGGGACCAUGGCUCAAUGGAGAAAGAGUUGGAAGAGCUCAGACGCAGUCGCCCAAAACCAACAGUGGGCGGGGAUUUCACCCUCAGUGACUGUUUCUAUUUCUGUCGUCGGGGCAUUGAGAGCAUUGUGGAGGAUGAGGUGACCCAGCGGUUCACCUCGGAGGAGCUGGUGUCCUGGAACCUGCUGACUCGCACCAACAACGACUUCCAGUACAUCAGCAUGAAGCUAACUCUGGUCUAUGGCCUGGGCGUCUUUGUGAGAUACUGCAUCCUUGCACCUCUCAGAAUAACCCUGGCCUGCAUCGGCCUCUCUUGGCUGGUCAUUGGAACAUCUGCUGUUGGACUUCUCCCGAACUCGAGGAUUAAGUUCUGGCUUAGUGAGUGGGUGCACGUCAUGUGCUACAGGAUCUGUGCCAGAGGACUCUCUGCCACUAUCCACUAUCACAACAGAGAAAACAAACCCAAAAAAGGAGGAAUCUGUGUCGCCAAUCACACCAGCCCCAUCGACAUUGUGAUCCUGUGCAAUGAUGGGUGUUAUGCUAUGGUGGGCCAGGUGCACGGAGGGUUAAUGGGAGUAUUGCAGAGAGCCAUGGUGCGCUCCUGUCCUCAUGUGUGGUUUGAGAGAGCAGAGAUGAAAGAUCGCCACCUAGUGACCAAGAGGUUGAGGGAUCAUGUUAACGACAAGACAAAGCUUCCCAUAUUGAUAUUCCCAGAGGGCACCUGUAUCAACAACACAUCUGUCAUGAUGUUCAAAAAGGGAAGUUUUGAAAUCGGAGGAACGAUAUACCCGGUGGCCAUUAAGUAUGAUCCCAAGUUUGGAGAUGCUUUCUGGAAUAGCUCCAAGUACAGCAUGAUCAAUUACCUGCUGAGGAUGAUGACCAGCUGGGCCCUGGUCUGCAAUGUCUGGUAUCUGCCAGCCAUGCAUCAACAGGAGGGGGAGGAUGCUGUCCAGUUUGCUAACAGAGUUAAGUCGGCCAUCGCUCACCAGGGAGGGCUGCUAGAUCUGCAGUGGGAUGGAGGUCUGAAGAGAGCAAAGGUGAAGGAUUCGUUUAAAGAGCAGCAGCAGAAGCAGUACAGCAGUAUGGUGGUGGGAGACGACGCCAGCAGCAGUGACUGAAACAACCCCCUCGAUGAGCACAGAGCUGUAGCUGAGUAGGAGAAUAUACACUGGAACGAGCCUCCAGGUGGUCUGACGGGACCAGAUAUGGGACUACAUCUAAACCUAAAAGGAGGCUGAGUCACACAUCAGAUUGGACGACUGAGAGGGGGCGAUCUCACUCAUGCACAGAAAACACAAGAGCAGCUGAACUUCAUAAGAGGAGAAGAAGAGGAGCCGAAUGACGAUGGCACAUAGAAUAGUUUAAUUUUUGCAGCUGCUGUAGCUACUGUUGUAAUUGAAUGUAAAAAAAAAAAAAAAAAAAAGUUUGAAAUGGUGACACUGUGAAUGACUUUAGCUACUGGGGUUUAUAACACUGGAAGUUAAAUGUAGCCACUGGAAAGAAAAA